AUGGGGUUCCUGUGGACUGGCACUUGCAUUUUGGUGUUGAUAUUCCACGGUAGCCCAAUUCAAGCUUUCCCUAAACCUGGAGGCAAUCAAGACCAAUCUCUACAUAAUAGAGAACUGAGUGCAGAAAGGCCUUUGAAUGAACAGAUUGCUGAAGCUGAAGCAGAUAAGAUUAAAAAAACAUCCCCUCCAGAAAACAAAGUAGGUGAAAGCAAUUAUUCUUUUGCUGAUAACUUGAAUCUGCUAAAGGCAAUAACAGAAAAAGAAAAACCUGAGAAAGACAGACAAUCCAUAAGAAGCUCUCCACUGGCUAAUAAACUGACUGUGGAAGAUGUUGAUUCAACCAAGAAUCGAAAACUGGUUGAUGACUAUGAUUCCACCAAGAGUGGAUUGGAGCAAAAAUUUCAAGAUGAUCCUGAUGGUCUUCAUCAACUGGAUGGGACUCCUCUGACGGCUGAAGACAUUGUCCAUAAAAUUGCCAGCAGGAUUUACGAGGAGAAUGACAGAGGAGUAUUUGACAAGAUUGUUUCCAAGCUUCUGAACCUUGGCCUGAUCACUGAAAGCCAGGCCCACACGCUGGAAGAUGAAGUUGCAGAGGCAUUACAACAGUUAAUUUCAAAGGAAGCCACAAAUUAUGAGGAGGAGCUCAAUAAAUCCACAAGCAGGACUGAGAACCAGGCUGGAAAAAUACCAGAGAAAACUCCUCCGAUGGCAGCGAUUCAAGAUGGCUUCAGUAAUGGAGAUGAUGAUGAAACGGUAUCAAAUGCCUUGACCUUGACGAAUGGCCUGGAAAGGAGAACUAAAACCUACAGUGAGGACAGCUUUGAGGAACUCCAGUAUUUCCCAAACUUCUAUGCUCUUCUGAAAAGCAUCGAUUCAGAAAAAGAGGCAAAAGAAAAAGAAACACUGAUCACCAUCAUGAAAACACUGAUUGAUUUUGUGAAGAUGAUGGUAAAGUAUGGCACAGUAUCACCAGAAGAAGGUGUUUCCUACCUUGAAAACUUGGAUGAAACAAUUGCUCUUCAGACCAGAAGCAAGCUAGAAAAAAACGCUACUGACAAUAAAAGCAAGCUUUCCCCAGCACCAUCAGAAAAGACUCACGAAGAAACAGAUAGCACCAAGGAAGAAGCUGCAAAGAUGGAGAAGGAAUAUGGGACCUUGAAGGAUUCCACAAAAGAUGAGAACUCAAGCCCAGGCAGAAAGACAGAUGAACCAAAAGGGAAAACAGAAGCCUAUUUGGAAGCCAUAAGGAAAAAUAUCGAAUGGCUGAAGAAGCACAACAAAAAAGGCAACAAAGAAGAUUAUGAUCUUUCGAAAAUGAGGGACUUCAUCAACCAACAAGCAGAUGCUUACGUGGAGAAAGGCAUCCUUGAUCGUGAAGAGGCCAAUGCUAUCAAGCGGAUUUACAGCAGCCUGUAA